GGGGGUUGAUUAAUGUUCAAUUCCCUCUGGCAGCAACGAGUUACUGAUUGAGUGAGAUCAGAGGGAGGAUUUCCUGCAGGGUGAAGCAGGGAGCAGAGGAAGGAUGGAAGGCAAUUCCACAGCUGGAUCCUUCAGCCCUUCGCAGCAGUUCAGUGUUGCUGAUCUUGUGGUCAUAGUGACUUAUUUUUCCUUAAACCUCGCUGUGGGGAUAUGGUCUUCAUGCAGGGUGAACAGGAACACAGUCAGCGGCUAUUUCCUUGCUGGCAGAGAUAUGGCAUGGUGGCCAAUUGGAGCCUCUCUGUUUGCCAGCAGUGAGGGCUCAGGGCUCUUUAUUGGACUGGCUGGGACUGGUGCUGCUGGGGGAAUCGCUGUCACUGGCUUCGAGUGGAAUGCGACGUAUGCACUGCUGGCGCUGGCCUGGGUCUUUGUCCCAGUCUACAUCUCAUCUGGGAUCGUCACCAUGCCCGAGUACCUCCAGCGAAGGUUUGGAGGGGAGCGGAUCCGGAUGUACCUCUCUGGGCUGUCUCUCCUGCUGUCCAUCUUCACUAAGAUCUCUACUGACCUGUACUCAGGGGCUCUGUUUGUACAAGUCUGCUUGGGCUGGGACCUCUACCUCUCCACCGUCCUGAUGCUGCUGGUGACUGGGCUCUACACCAUUGCAGGGGGGCUGGCAGCCGUCAUCUACACCGAUGCUCUGCAGACAGUCAUCAUGGUCCUGGGAGCCAUCAUGCUGGCAGUGAGAGCUUUUGAUGCCAUCGGAGGUUACUCCAACCUGGAAGAGGCCUAUCUAAAAGCCGUGCCAUCCAAGAUUGUUCCCAACACAACCUGCCACCUGCCCAGAGCGGAUGCCAUGCACCUCUUCCGAGACCCAAUCUCUGGAGAUCUGCCCUGGACAGGGAUGACUUUUGGGCUGUCCAUCAUGGCCACGUGGUACUGGUGCACUGACCAGGUCAUCGUGCAGCGGUCACUCUCUGCAAGGAACCUGAGCCAUGCCAAAGCUGGCUCCAUCCUGGCCAGCUACCUGAAGAUGCUGCCCCUGUUUGUCAUCAUCAUGCCCGGGAUGAUCAGCAGGGUCCUGUUCCCAGAUGCCGUGGCCUGCGUUGACCCCGAGGAGUGCACCCAUGUGUGUGGGGCUGCAGUGGGCUGCUCCAACAUCGCCUACCCCAAGCUGGUGGUGGAGCUGAUGCCCAGCGGGCUGCGGGGUCUGAUGAUUGCAGUGAUGAUGGCUGCACUCAUGUCCUCCCUCACCUCCAUCUUCAACAGCUGCAGUACUCUCUUCACCAUGGACAUCUGGAGGAGGAUGAGGCCAGGGGCCAGUGAACGUGAGCUGCUCCUGGUGGGCAGGGUGAUGACGGUGCUGCUGGUGGCCCUCAGCGUGGUGUGGAUCCCCAUCUUGCAGAGCUCCAGCGGUGGGCAGCUCUACAUCUACAUCCAGGCUGUCACCAGUUACCUGGCUCCUCCUGUCACUGCUGUCUUCAUCUUAGCCGUCUUCUGGCCCCGCGCUAACGAGCAGGGAGCCUUCUGGGGCCUGAUGGCAGGGCUGGCACUGGGGCUGGCCAGGAUGGGGCUGGAGCUGGCGCACCCCACACCUCACUGUGGGGUCCCCGACAGGCGGCCCUGGCUGCUGGCUGACCUGCACUACCUGCACUUCGCUGCUCUGCUGUGUGCCACCACGGGGGCUGUAGUGGUGGGGGGAAGCCUGAUGACUCCCCCCCCACCCUCAGAAAGGCUGCAGAAUCACACCUGGUGGAGCCUUUCCCUGGAGCCCCCCCAGCACCACAUGGAUGACACAUCACGGAGAUGCCUGAAUGGCUCCUGCCCAGCUGCCUCGGGUAGCCAGCAGACAACUGAAGGACUCCCAGCCCUGCGAGACACCACUGAGUCCCCUUUCUGGACCCGUGUCUGCAGCAUCAAUGCCAUUGUCCUGUUGUGUAUCAAUAUUUUCUGCUAUGCUUACUUUGCCUAGCCCCCUGUCAGCCCCUAGGAAG